AUGGAUCAAAUGAAAGGAUUCCGUAUCGCGAAUGUGCUAUACAAGAAGAGCUUGUUAAAUGCCAUUGCUGGAGCUGCUGCACUAUCCAUCUUCUUCUUUGGUAUGAUGGGUGGUGUCAACACCUCAGCAGACUACGCGCAACUCAUGGGUUUCGGCCAUGUCGACUCCGCCACUGGUAGAGUCAUCGUAGACGAUUCUCUGCUUCAAGGCGGCAUCGUCGCGGUCUACUAUCUCGGAACACUAUUUGGAGCUUUCCUCGGUGGCUGGGUUGGAGAUAAGACUGGCCGUAUCCGCACAAUUGCACUCGGCAGCUUGUGGGCUAUCUUUGGAGCUGCUCUUCAAUGCUCUGCUCAGAAUCAUGUUUGGAUGAUUUGUGCGAGGACGGUUAAUGGUAUAGGUACUGGUGUUUUGAACUCGAUUGUUCCGGUUUGGGCUACUGAGACUGCUGAACACACUUCUCGUGGCCAGUUCAUCGCUAUUGAGUUUACGCUUAAUAUUUUUGGUGUUGCUGUUGCUUAUUGGUUGGAAUUUGGAUUGUCGUUUAUUGAUGGAGGCCGUGGUGCUUUCCAGUGGCGCUUCCCUAUCGCUGUGAGUAUUGGUCAUACUGCUCUUGGGAGUAUCUUACUGACUCUGAUCUCAACANNGUUCCAAAUUAUCCCUCUGCUUAUGCUCUUCGGUGUCAUCUGGUUCUUCCCCGAGUCUCCUCGAUGGCUCUGCAAAGUCGGCCGCGACAAGGAAGCAAGACACAUCCUCGCCCGCCUCCGCGGCGACGAAGGCGAAGACAAAAUCAGAGCCGAAGCCGAGUUUCAAGACAUCAUCAACAUCGUCCAACUGGAAAGAAGCACCUCAAAGCAAAAUACGUACUGGAGAAUGCUACUCGACUUUGGGCACGGAAGUUCUGGAAGCUUGCACACUGGCCGUAGAGUUCAGAUUGUUAUCUGGCUACAGAUUCUCCAGGAAUGGUGUGGUAUUGCUGGUAUUACUGUUUAUGCGCCUACUAUCUUUGGCAUUGCUGGGUUUGAUGCGCAGAAGAGUGGGUGGUUGUCUGGACUUAAUGAUACGACGUAUAUGCUUGCCACCUUGGUUUGCGUGUUCACUCUCGACAGGAUCGGCAGAAGAUGGACACUUUACUGGGGUGCUGUGGCUCAAGCCAUUUCCAUGUUCUUGAUUGGCGGCAUGUCUCGCGGCGGCAUCAACGCUACCGACAGUGGAAACACAGCACUGGCAGCCCGAUACGGAGCCGCAGCAGCCAGUUUCACCUUCAUCUACACGGCCGUCUUUGGUGCAACAUGGCUCACAGUACCCUGGCUAAUCCCCGCCGAAAUCUUCCCCUUGGAAGUCCGAGCCAAAGGAAAUGCCUGGGGAGUAGUUGGCUGGUCCAUCGGCAACGGCUGGCUCACCCUCCUCUGCCCAGUCAUGUUCAACAGCAUCGGCGAAAACACAUUUUACAUCUUCGCCGCCUCUAAUGUCAUCUCGAUACCUUUGGUAUGGGCAUUCUUACCCGAAACCAAUCAGAGAACUUUGGAAGAGGUUAAUAUUCUGUUCUCGGCUUCGACGCCUUUUGCUUGGGAUGCAGAGAAGCAUUUUGCAGAGUUCCAGGCUGGGAAUCCGACGUUUGUGUCUGCUAGUCGUGGUAACUCUGUCACGGAUCCGGAGACUGGGUUGCGUGGUGGCAAGGUCAGGGAUUCUGCCGAUAUGGUGGAGACGAUGAAGGAGAAGGAUAAUGUUUGA